CCACCACUACCACCACUCGGACGGCAUUUCCGCCCCGCCCAUUACCUCACAUCCGCUGGUCCAGUUUGCCCUGAGUUAGCAGUGAGCAUCAGCGGGAAGGGUAGGCGGCGGAAGUGACGUCAUGCGUGUGUGUUAGCCGGAGCGGAGCAAAGCUGCUUUAUACCUGUAUAAAUAAUGUCAGAUGAUUUGUAUGGCAAGUUCCUGGCACCUGAUGAACCAUUCCCCUUGCUACCACAAAGGGGGCACACCAGUGAUGUCGCCAGUCUUGACAUUAGUGAUUUUGGCUGCCAACUUUCAUCAUGCCAUAGAACUGACCCAUUGCGCAGACUCCAUACCAACAGAUGGAAUUUGACUUCCUGUGGGACAAGUGUAGCGAGCUCUGAAUGCAGUGAGGAGCUCUUUUCAUCUGUUUCAUGUGGUGACCAGGAGGACUGCUAUUCCCUUCUGGAUGAUCAGGAAUUCACUCAGAAUGCAUCCUUCGACCUCUUUCCAGAGGGUAGUGUUUGUAGCGACGUAUCUUCGUCAAUCAGUACCUAUUGGGAUUGGUCAGACAGUGAGUUUGAAUGGCAGCUGCCUGGCAGUGAUUUUGCAAGUGGAAGUGACGUCUUGUCCGAUGUAGUUCCCAGCAUUCCGAGUUCUCCUUGCCCUGUUCUGAAGCGAAGAAGCAAACAGCACAGAAGCUUGGAUGAACUUCCUUGGAGCGCAAUGUCUAAUGAUGAGCAGGUUGAAUAUAUUGAAUACCUGAGCCGUAAAGUCAGUACAGAAAUGGGUCUACGGGAGCAGCUGGACAUUAUUAAAAUUAUUGACCCAAAUGCUCAGAUUUCGCCUACAGACAGUGAAUUUAUAAUUGAGCUCAACUGUCUGACAGAUGAAAAGCUAAAGCAGGUCAGAAAUUACAUCAAAGAGCAUGGUGCCCGCCAGCGGUCUGUGCGUGAAAGCUGGAGGAGAGGUAGUUACGCUGGCUGUGGGGUGAGCGGUUUGAGUGGGGCCAGUAGCAGCAGUGGCAGCAUGGUAAGCUCAGUCAGCAGUACUGGAUCCAGUGGCUCUAACUCAGCGUCUGCUUCAAGUGCCAACAUGAGCCGGGCACACAGCGACAGUAACCUUUCCACGAGUGCAGCUGAGAGAAUAAGAGACUCAAAGAAACGAUCCAAACAGCGUAAGCUGCAACAGAAAGCCAUGCGGAAGCGUCAGUUGAAAGAGCAGCGACAAGCAAGGAAAGAGAGGCUGAGUGGCUUAUUUUUGAAUGAGGAAGUGCUCUCUGUGAAGGUGGCAGAGGAAGACCAUGAAGGGGAUGUGGACAUCUUAAUGUGACCAAAUGUAAAAUAGCACUGUACCUUGAAUUUAAAAGCUAACGCAUUAUAACACUAACCGCUUGAAAACUGGAGCUGAAACCUGAAGCAAAAAGCUAAAAGGGGAUGAUUUCCGUUUACAGAUUAACAUUGUGUACCAUAAUUUUUGUUUUUAAGACAACUUGGGUAAUUUUAUUGAAGCUGCUGAAACACUGAUUUAUAUAGAAAACUUUUAAGCGUAGUCGAUAAGGUAUCUAAAUGACUCGACGGCAACAAUAUGCCAUAUAUAUUCCUAUAGCACUAAUAUGAAGUGCACUAUUUUACUAGAAAUACAUUUAAUUUUUGUGCAUUACUGUGGUAUUUGAAAUAUUGCCUGUGGAAGAUACCUAUGUAUUAAGAUGUGUUUCAUGUUUUGAUUCUUUACUUGUGCAACAGUUAUGCAAAAUCUUUGAAAUAUGGAUAAUUUGGCAAUGUUCAAUAAUUGUUGCCACCAGUGGAGUACUUAGCUGCCGUUACAAAAUUGCAUGAUUAGCUCGGUCAGCUCUUACCAUUUUUAUAGAAAGAAUGCCUUGUGUUCUGGCCAUUAUUCAUCCAAAUUGCACAUAUAGAAUCCUGGUGUAUGCAAAGGUUAGGACAAACAAAUUCCUUACGUCCAAUGACUUUUAUUAGAGCAGACUUAAUGGAGAAGGAAAGUCCAGCAGGAACAUUUAUGUUGUUGAAAAUACCCCUUUCCCUUCCUCCUUAUAGGGGGAAAAAAUAAUAGUUGGAACAGAAUUUUGUUUACAAAGCCAUGCUCCUUACUGAUAUGGGGCUUUCGAAGUCAAAUUUCCCUCUCAAACAUACCAUUCGUGAUGUGGUUAAUGGCAAAAAUCUGAAGUGGCUCCAUUGAAGACCUAGGCUUUCCUACUGGUCUGACAGCUGCUUCAGAGCUGUGGUAUUCACUGUUGUCAAAGCCCAACCCACUGUCACAACCCCGCCACAGCCUGUUCCCCAAUGCCAUUGAGACAAGGAAGUGACACUCCGGACAAUUGAAAGUCAUAACUCCAGUGGGUAACCACAAUGUGUGAUAUGUCACCAGACAGGCUGAGAUUGGAGACCAAAUUGAUGGGUCUACGUUCCAAGAGAAAGUGAACACUUUUUUUUAAAAAGAAAAGGUAAAUGAAGAAACCCUUUGAUUAUCUGCAAAGAAUAUUCCCUCCCUCUUCCCUACCCCUUCCUGGUCCCUAGAUUUCCUUUCCUUUCUCACUAUGAUACUGUGUUGGCUGCAGAGCAAAGGGGAAAUAAAAGACUAACAUCCUCUGUGUACUAUAUUUACUGUAAAUUUUAUGGUAGAUAGUUAUAUUUUAGGCAGUGCAAUACAUGGAAGGACUAUAAAGUAGGUUGCGUUCUUAUAACGUGAAGGAAAUGCAUGUCAAAUUAAGUGCGUUAUAUCCAAUAUCUUUAAGUGCAAGAGAAUCCAAAAUUGUUCUUGCAUAUCUUCGUGUGAAGAAAAAAAUAUGCUGAAGCACUAAUAGAUUACAUCAGAUUUCAAUUUUGAAAGAUUAUUGCUGUGCUCCAAAGAGCAAAAAUUAGUGGCCUUUUCUCCCAACUACAUUGUUGUUAAAAUCUUCGCAGGCUCAUAAUUUUUGGUUCAAAUAACUGAUGCCUGUUGUACUAAGCGAAAUGACUUGCCAAUGAGGUCAAAAUUUUAGGUGAGAGAAAAACAAGACUCUUUUACGUAUAGAUUUGACUGUGCGUAAUUUCUCAAAAGUAGCUGGAUGUGUGUGAAAUUCAUUCUCCCUCAUGGUGAGUUAUUUUUGUGCUUGGGUUUUAAGAUUUGACUAAUUCCACAUUUUCUUCGAACAAUUUCUGAAGGUGAAACUUGGGCUAUGGAUUGUAUGUAAAACCUGUGUGCGCGUGUGUGUGUGUGUGUGUUAAACCUGUUGGCCAUUUGAACAUAUGGUUUGCGUGUGCGAGUUGUGCAAGUUCUUUGAGUGUGCCGAAGUAUUGAAAGAGCCGGCCACUGAUGUAGAUAGGUGCAGCACUCUGGCUGAUAUUAACCUGUGAGAUAUGUUCAUAAGCCUGGUGUCUUCAAGGGAGCGUUGGAUGCAAAUAUUUUGCUCCCAGUCCCCAGCACAACAGUAAACCUAACAGUUACUUAAGUGAAAUUGCAGUAACAGGAAUGGUGGAUAUUCUAACCUAUUUGGAUUGUGUUUUAAAAGCCAAACCAGUACUACUUGAAUGCUGCAGAAUCACUAUUGUAAAAGUCAUGUCUUGUGGUAUAUAAUAGAUUGGCAUGGACCUUUCGUCUUGCUGGGCUGUACAUAAAGUCGCCUCUUGAUAUAUUAAUGUAAUUUUUGUGGCCCUAUUGAAUAUGCGAAAAUGUGACUGAAAAUACUGGCAAUGACUGAUUUCUGUAGCACUGUUUAGGGAUGGGUCAUUCCAUUUUACUGUAUCUGCUGCUUAUGCCUGCUCAAAAUUGUACAGUGAUCAUAGUUUUUAAAAAAAAAUCACAAAAAGAAUGCAGGUUUUUGAUUUAUUUUUUGCAUAACAGAAUCUUUUAUGAAUUCUGCAGGUUACUGUUUUCUAUUGGAGUAUAUUAAAAUUAUUUACAUGUCAA